AUGGAUCCGGUGAGCGCUUUAGGAGCUGCAGGCUCGAUUGUAGGAAUCGCCAGUUUCGGAAUUCAGCUGUCCAAGGUACUCUUCGACUUCUGUAACCAGGUCGGUUCUGCCCCCGAGAGCCUCCAGGCGGUUUUAGACGUUCUUGAGUCAACCGUAGAGGCGUUAGGAGAGGUCAACCACUUCCUGAAUACCGAGAUCCGCGCCCACCAGCAUUAUAAAAAAACUUUCACUUACUCAACAAAGUGGUUGCUCAGCGUCAAACGAACUGCCGACAAGUGCUUGAUCGUAUUCUGGCGGAUUGAAGCUGCAAUCAUCGAUACGUCCAAGACCACAGACAAAGAAUUGAUGGAUCGGCUCGCCAAUUACAACAAACAAGUUUCAGCGAACAAUUCCACAAUCCCAAUAGAAAUCGAACUGAGACUGAAAGGAAUCACGCUGAGAGUCCCCAAGCGGCUUAGAUGGCCGUACAUUAUACCAAAACUUGACGCAUACAGCCAACAGCUUCAACGCUUCCAGGUCAAUCUAGUAUUAAUGUUCCAGGUGAUCACACUUGCAGAGCAACGGUCGAAGCCGCUCCGUAACAUUGAGGAUUUCUGGGUCAUGAUGCGCACAUAUACGAUCAUCUCGAAACUUACUACCCCCGAGGAACUCCGUGCAAUUGCAUCUGACACAAUUGGGUUCCAUUCAACGAGUAAAAAUCAUACCACAGAUCCUCUCACAGAAAGGAUACAAAGAUCACAGCGAGGUAAAAAUAGGCCCACCACCGAUGGCCAACAGUGUGAUCACGACAUUAAAGUGGUGGUGGAGGAAAGACCACUAGUGCCAUCGCCAUUUACUCCAGAGAUGACACACGAUCAAGUCGAGAAGCCCGAUGCUCGAGAUUUAGUAUAUAACGUUUCAAAAGACAAUCAUAUUGGCAACAAUAGUAGUCAUUUAAUAGAUCAGACCAAAGGGACAGCUGGCAUCUCUUCCAGGACUAGUCCUCUGGAGAAGGCACAGGGGUCUUCAGAACGUGUCCGUUUUGUCGAUGUGGUUUCGACUGACAAAGAACACACAGAUCAGGUUACUGAAACUAAUAAAUCCGGCAAAAGAGCAAACAGGGGAGACAUUAGUUGUAUGCCUAACUGUACACCGACAGAAUCUACUUUCAAAGUCGAAGGCAUAGAGGCUUGGAGUCGAUCACACGCAAAAGCACCACAGACCACGAUAAUACACGGGAUCAGUCAGGGCCGAGAUACAUAUCACACGAAAAUGCAUAAAGAUAUUGAUGAAAUAGACUCAAUGUUGGAGCCGGCGCGCUCGAAGACAUCAGAACGUCCCGAGCAGCACAACUCCAAUAUCAAAACGAGCGCAUCGGAUGAACUCAGCUUGCCCAGAAGGCUAGUUUCAGCAUGUCUGAUUGAUAGCGAGUCGGCACAUGUGCUGCCACAGCCAGUAGAGUUGGGAAUUAGAGACAAGAUUCUCAAGAGCCUGAAUUGGUGGCCAUCGAAGAAAGGUCUCACCAGAAAACUUGCAUUUCUCAGCGUCGACGACAGAAAUAUUCUCGAAGAGUUUUUGGACUCUGGAUCAUCACCCCUGAAGCCCGACCUUGUUCGCCUGAAGACCAUAAAGGAAAUACCUUGGAAGUUCUGGGGAAAGCAAAAAGCAGCAAGAAUUGCCCUUUUUGAGCACGAAAUCGGUGAUACACCCAGAAGAAGCUCGGAUUCAUUGCACUAUCUCGCUGACGAUGUCAAAUUCCCUGGAAGUGAAGAUCGGGCCCGGAUUGACAGGGAGAUUUUGUCUGAAAACCCCUGGCCUCGGGGUCCAGCAGUAUACCCCUAUAUGGAAGAUGAAUUCUCGGGCUUUGGUUCUGGUGCUACCCAACGUGGUCCGCCAGGUCCGCCUCCACCUCCUGAACCAUGCCCGCCAAAUUACGGAACAUAUCCUGUAACGCUCCCACCACAAUUUGUUCAAGCGGCAAGGCCAGUACAAGACAUUGAAAACAGAGUUCAAGAUGUAUCUCAUAUGCUGCUACUUGAGGAUGAGUAUCGGAAACGGUUUACAAGUCUGAAAGUAUGGACAGUUCAUCCAUAUAUCAGUCAACAGUAUUUGAAAAGUUCGGCAACAAAUUGGACACGUUGCAUGGUUUCUCAAGAGUACUUCAACAAAGAGGAACUAGAGAAGCGAAUUCAAAUUUUGGACAGCCAGACGGAUGAUGUGCUAGAGAAAAAGGCAGCACUUGAGCCAGAUCAGCGAGCCCAAAUUAUCCAUCUCCUCAGCACUACCAACUGUCGAGAGACUAAUCCUAAUUAUGAUUGGAGCUUGCGCCAAAUUGAGAUUGUUAAGGACAGGAGAGGGAGGCGUACCAAGCAGGUUAUUGCCAUGCUGGUAUAUCUGAGCCGGGCUCCCCGCGUUGACAUGAAUGUCGCCGCACUUUACAAAUUGGAACACCAGAUAGUUCCGCAGAUAGACGGCCCUCCACCGUGCCACACCAACUAUCAGACAGCUUCUAUAGCACAACGGGCAGCACCUUCGCAACAAGGCCCAUUUAUCGGCCCGCAUAACCCCCGGCCGGCUGCUGGAGCCCCCUGCAGAGGAGCACUUCCAGGACACAAGGACCCUGCAAGCACAACUGUUCUGGAUGAUGAAGGUACCAAAACUGUAUCAGGGCAGGUGAGGAGCUCUAGAAGCAAAUGUGCAAAGAAGGCUCCACGAGACGGUUCCUCUGACUCCAGUCAGGAAAGCCCUUUUGGCGAAAGGAAACGAGGAAGGAGAUCAAGGAAACACUUCUGGAAACCUAGCGCAUAUGGGCUUGGCAAUGCAUCAAUGAUUGGCGAGGAUGGGAGCGGUAUUGAUGAUUAUGAUGGACGAUCGUCACUUGCUAGGAAUAGGAGGUACCGGCACCGAGGCGGCAGUACCGAACGAAGCAGUAGAAAACACUAUCCCGUGUCAUCGGGUGACAGGACCUUCGAGGAGACACCGCGUUCUGGGAGGACUUUCAAUCAAACUAGGCAGUACUCGAGAGCAGCGAGACCAGUUGGUGGUAAACACAUCGCCAGAUUCGAUGAUGCAGCCUUGGAAAGUAGAGUACCAUAUUAUCGACGACCUGGGUAUGACCUACAAGUCCAGGCACGCCCGCAUUCCCAUGUUCGUCGCCGGUCAUACGAGAGACGCAACCCUGAUAAUUUGCAGGAAAUGCCCACGCAAACACUCGUCACUCGAUCUCAGAGUCCUCGUGGUAGUCAUCAAACAGCAGAAAUGGGUGGUAUUGCCGGCCCCUACAGCAAGACAAAAGACUUCACUCCAUACCCUUCUUAUUUCGACAACAAGGCUCAUGACCCAAGAGUGAGAGACCAGAAGUUGCCAAACGAAGAGGUUAUUGAGCAGUUACUCUUUGAAUGGACAUCCCCUACCUCUAUGGAUGUCGGGAAGGCAGAGCAAAAUGAGGGAAGAGCUCCAGGAGUUGAGUUAAGUCUGCCUGUUCCGGGCUCGGCAAUAUACAAUAAUCAAAGAUACAUGAUGAGCAGUGGCAUAUCCCCGUCGCUGGAGAUUGAGACCGACACUGACGACGGGGGCGUACCUCUCAACUCGGGCUAUGAAGACCAGAGCGGUAACGAGCAAGAUGAGGGUCAAAAUCGACGAGAAUUACUAAAUAUCACCAACCAUGGACCGUUGAUAGCAGGAUCUGGAAAAGCUCCUGCUCGCCGUCCUGCUCAGCCUUCGACGACUUUCGGCUACGUAGAAUCCCGUGAAAGCUCUGCAAAGUCUCUUGGGUUAGCGGAGCCAUCGAAGGAAGCUGACUCAACACCAGAGCAACGGUACGCAAAUACCAGAACAGGAAUGAAUGAGCAGAGACAGAAAAUCUCACGGGGUUCAAAUUUUUCGCUGCCUCCACGCGACACAUGGUCUGAUAUUGGAUGGGCCAAAGAUAUUGUACAAGAUACCGCUUUAGCAGGGACAGAAUAUAGCGCGCCAUCGUUUGUAACAGCCACCAGACCUACGGAGAAGCCAGCACGGUACUCAGUACCGACAUGGAGAAGUCGAAGCGUGCUACCAGAAGCUCAAAAAUUGCAGGAGAUUCGACCUGGGUGGCAGUACAGUGGCCGCAUGGAUGCUGAGGACAGACUCCAGGUAUUGGAGGAAAAGCAAGCAGAGAGGUUACGCGCGUGGCAGGUACGGACAGGACUCAGAACAGUUGACAAGCAUCGUGACGUGCCGGUUAUACCGCAUAUACGAGAUGGAGACGGGAUGAGCUAG